AAGAGGGAGAGAGAGAAUGGUGAACAUAAUCAAGCUCUACAAGCCCUUGUUGCGAGCGGCAAUGAAGGUUGCCGGCGUGAGACCUCAGAAGAUCGAGGUCGAACCUGGAACCAUCAUGAACUUCUGGGCUCCGACCCGACCCCAAAACAACAAGAAUGCCAUCGUCUUCCUUCACGGCUUCGUCGGUGAUGGCAUGCUGACGUGGCAGUUACAGGUCCUUGCGCUCGCGAGGAAGUACAAUGUCUACGUGCCGGACCUCCUCUUCUUCGGCGGCUCCACCACAGACGACAGCCGCCGGACAGUGGACUUCCACACUGAGUGUUUGGCGAAGGGGCUGGUAGCACUUGGGUUGCGGCGGUGCACGGUGGUAGGGUUCAGCUACGGCGGAGCGAUGGCAUUCAAGUUGGCCGAGUCACGGCCUGAGCUGGUGGAGUCAGUGGUGGCGACAUGUUUCCUGCCGGUGGUGACGGAGUCGAUCAGCAAGGAGUGCUUGGGGCAAAUGGGGUUUCCGACAUGGUCGGAGUUUUUGUUGCCUAAUUCAGCAAGCUGUAUGAAGAAGAUGUUCGAAGUUGGGAGCUACGAGUUGCCUAGAAUCCCCAUUCGUGUUUUCAAAGACGCUUUAGAGGUCAUGUUUGACCACAGAAAGGAGAGAGCUGAACUGCUGGAGGCUAUGGUCAUUCCAGACAAGGACUUCAAUUUGCCAGCCUACUCUCAGAGGAUCCAUCUGGUCUGGGGCAAGGAUGAUAAGGUCUUGAGUGUGGAACGAGCCAGGGAAUUGAAAGAAAAAUUGGGAAAUAAAGCAACAUUGCAGUGCAUUGAGAAAGCAGGCCACAUUGCUUUGAUCGAAAGACCCUUCGUCUUCAACCGAUGUUUGAAGAGAAUUCUUGCCUCCAUCUACGAUGAGAGGUCACCCGACUUUAGCUACGAGUGACCAAUGUUUAUAUGCAAAAUCAAUUAUUUGUCGAGAGUACAAAAAUCUGUAAUAAAGUACUCGGACUUUACACAUGCAUGAGAUGACAUAUCUAUGUUUCAAAUUUGCGAAUUGUUAUGCAAGUGGAUUGUAACAA